ACCCGACGCGAGCCACGUGCGCGCUGUGCGUAGUGACGUCAUCUUCCCGAGCCCCUAAUAUGCGAUGACCUUUCUCAGCGCUCGUGCAUUGAGCGUCCGGAAGAUAAAACAGCUGAAAAGAACCGCGCUCUGAGGCGAUACAUUUACCUGUUUAAAAGACCAUUAUGGGUGACGUUGAGAAGGGAAAGAAGGUCUUCGUGCAGAAGUGCGCGCAGUGCCAUACAGUCGAGAACGGCGGCAAGCACAAGGUCGGACCCAAUCUUUGGGGUCUGUUCGGACGUAAGACUGGCCAGGCGGAGGGCUUUUCCUAUACAGAUGCCAACAAGAGCAAAGGCAUUAUUUGGAGUGAGGACACUCUGAUGGAGUAUUUGGAGAACCCCAAGAAAUACAUUCCUGGCACGAAAAUGAUCUUCGCCGGCAUCAAGAAGAAGGGCGAGCGUGCAGACCUUAUCGCAUAUCUGAAGUCUGCUACGUCGUAACGCGAUUCCGUCCAUAGAGGACGUGUAGAGAUAUUUAAAUUAAACCUCUAAGGGUUUUUUUUUUUCGUCUUUUUGUCUUUUAACAAUACAUGAACAAUUUAACACAUCAUGAAAAAUCCUGGGUUGUGGAAUUCCAGGCAUAGAGUCGUGACAUGCUGCUGAUGUCCAUCUUGUUCAGCGGUGCAGGUUUUCGGGCACGUUUUUGUGUCCUGGUUUUCGAAGGCACUGUAGUCCGGUUCAUUUAACUAUAACGUCUGUAUUGAGUUACAUUGUGAAUGUGGAUGUGAUUUAGAGGUUAUUAUGGUAAUGUACACUGUAAUUUAAACCACUAGAUAAAAGUAAAUAACUUAAUACUUCAUGCAUGGUUCUACAGAAAACGUCUACAAUAAAAUGGAUCCCACCUGUCUAAAAUUGUGCAGGACGCACUGA